AUGGCUGGGGUCGACCAAACGGUCCCGACCGAGCCUGAAAUUGUGGAGGAUGAGCAACUCGCCGCAGACAAUGAUGUGCCAGCCAGCGGCUUCGAGUUAGAUUCCACGUUUGGCGACGACGACAGAUCUACCACGAGCCAGAGCAUCAGGUCAUCGAUCUAUAAUUACCGCUACGAGAAUGGACGCACAUAUCAUGCGUAUCACGAUGGCGAAUACCUGGUCUACAGAGUUCCCAAUGAUGAGGUUGAGCAAGACCGUCUUGACCUUCUACAUCACCUCUUCAAGAUGAUUCUUGGCGGUGAGCUACUGACUGCGCCACUACCCACCAGCCCUAAGCGUGUCCUUGACGUAGGCACUGGCACGGGCAUUUGGGCUAUAGAGUUUGCCGAUCUGUAUCCGAGUGCUAGCGUUAUUGGAACUGAUUUGAGUCCUAUCCAGCCAAGAUGGGUGCCACCUAACCUUCAAUUCUAUGUCGAGGACUGUGAAGCCAAUUGGUCGUUCUCCGACUCCGAAAAGUUUGAUUACAUCCACGGCCGGGCUCUGUGUGGUGGUAUAGCUGAUUGGCCGCGCUUCUACUCGCAGGCGUUUGACAAUCUUGAACCAGGGGGAUGGAUGGAGAUGCAGGACCAUGAGUGCUGGAUCAAUAGUGACGAUGGGGGCAUGGACUCUGCGCCUGGUUGUAAUGAGUGGAUUCAUGAAGUUGACAGGGCAAGCCGGAUCUUUGGGAAACCACUUAAUGUUGCUCAUGAACACAGGCAAUGGAUGAUCUACGCGGGCUUCGAAGACGUCCAUGAGACUAUCAAGAAGGUAAGGCGCAUGUUCUCGGUCUACGGACGAAGCUGA